UCUUCCAAACAGCCCUUUUCUCCUCUCACACAUAAACACAAACGCCUACCGCUCAUACCAAUCUACUCCCCACAAUCAUGCCCACAGUAACAAACAAAGAAAAGAAGAAGAAAUGCUGCCCCCUUCGGCGAUCACGCAAGGGCUGUAUGAAAGGCAAAGGUGGACCUGAGAAUCCCUUCUGCUCCUACCGCGGUGUGCGGCAGCGUACGUGGGGUAAGUGGGUGGCCGAGAUCCGCAUGCCUAACCACGGAGCUCGCCUCUGGCUCGGCACUUUCAACUCCUCCCUCGACGCCGCCCGCGCCUACGACCACGCCGCUCGAUCCCUCUACGGCGACUGCGCCUGCCUCAAUCUCCCCCACGUCGGCCUCGCAACGGCGAGCAUCGGAGAAGAGUCGGGGAAGGAGGAGGAGACGGCGCUAUUUGAUGGCGGUGCGGGGUUGGAUGAUCUUGAAGAAUAUGUGAUGCGGCUGCCGAAAGCGGAGGAUUUCGGAUUGGAUGCGUUUCAUGAUGUCGCAGGACGUUGUGGGGGAUUUGGGGACGACGGAGUUGGCGGUGGAAGAGAGGUUGAUGAACUUUGA